UGGGGGCUCUAAGACAUAUUGACAUGACAGAUAUAAACACAGUGUCUCAUUUCCAUUCCGGUGUGGAUGUUUAUUAAAAGACACACUUUGGGCUAAGAAUAGACUUUGUAGAGCAUGAUUGAUCUUCAAUAGGAAUGAGCAUUUUGUGUCUUGAGGAGUUGCUAAUAAUAUUUGAGGCUAAUAAAUUUCAAUCUAUCCAUUUUCUAUACUGAAGGGAGUUGGAGCUGUAAGUAUUGCCUGAUCGAUGUUGUUGUCUUCUAAAAUACAAAAUCAAAAGUCAUCUGAAGGUCAUACUGUUUUCCCCACGGCGCCACACUUGAUAGUCAACUUCCUACGCACUGCCUCGUCUGUCUGAGUCUGAGUUGAAGAGGAGGAGGAGAAAGAGCGCAACAACAACAACUAUCAGCAAGUGUCCAUAUGACUAAAUGUCGGCGUCGGGCUCGGCCAAUUGGAUCACGCAUAGAGUCUCCGUAACCCAUGGCUACAAUCUCCCACAAACCCCUCUGGGCACCACGGAGGAUGGUGAACAGGAUUUGAAAAGAACGCACAAAAACCCUCGCAGUAUACAGUUUCAACGUGAGAAUAAAAGCAGAAACACACUAGCCCCACCUUAGCGGACACCUUUCAGCCAAAUUGGAUCAUACACUGACUGAGCUAUCAUCCCUCGCUGGAACCUGGAGGUGGUUGGGACUGUCUGGCGGCAGGUACGUAGAGCCAGACAGCGGAGUGUGUCGCUGAUUGAACAAAGAGGGGGCGUACGCGGGCGGUGAAUAUGACAGCUACCAGCAAAGGUCAACAAGGGGGAACAAAAGACUUGUAAAUGUCAGUUGCUAUAAAGUUGCCAUGGACAACCAGGCCCAGGCUCAUAAAAAUUGUGACAAAUAAUCCUAAUUAGAUUUUCCUCAAUAAGGGGCUCUGGGCGCCUUGUUGCCAUGAUGAUCACUUUUUAUUGAUUUUAAGACACACAGCGGGAAGCACGCCACGUGUAAAAAAUUACAUAACUAAGAUUCCAUCAAGGGAAGUGCAUAAAGGUUUUCGAAGUAAAGAGAUGUUCUUGCUCAAGCCUAUUGGAGAUAACUGGAGUGCAGUUGAAGACGAGGAGAGGUGAAAAUGAAGGUCAGGUCGAGGUUGAACCGACGUACAAGCGAGGACGAGGCGGUGAUUGGGGUUAGUUCAGAUGACGACCUUAAAAGGAAGGUCAGUGGGGUCUCUCGCAAGAAAAGCAGAUAUUUCGCACAUAUAGACAAACAAGCAUUCACACUCGCAUUCACAACUAUAGACAACUUAGAUUCUUUGAUGAACAUAACAUGCAUGAUUUGGUAACGGGGAGGACAUGCUAACCACUAUUUUUGGCCAUUAUUGGGAUUUCAAGUCCUUUUUGUUUAUGCAGUGCAGACUAUCAGGCCCCGUUUAAUGUAGUUAAGCAGACUAAACAAAAAUAAGCCGUAAAAAGGUAACAACUGAAGAAUAAAAUGCCAUUUCUGGCCCAAGUUUACGCUCUUAGGUACUGCCACGAACAAAAACAAUGCACACGUAAAAUAUGACCUCUCCAUGCAGGGCGGAUGUGUUGGACAAGAUAACCUAACAAAAGCACUAUCAAGGCUGUAUUUAAUGAAUAAAAACAAGCCACCAGAGUAGGGGAGGUUCAUUAAAUCCAAAGGGAGGAGAGAAGCUGCAUAAGAUUGCUACAAGGGACAUUCAGACAAGUUGAUUACAAUAUCACCUUAAGGAGGAGAAAGGCGGGGAGAGGAGAAACGGGUGUUUUGCCUCUUUGUGACGGGACGUGCCCUCCGCGGUCAGGGGGGUUGCUUUGAAUCCCUAAUGAGGAAACUGUUGAACGCCUCCCGGGCAUAAUGCAAAGCUCCUUUUGGGAGGAAUGUCUUUAUCCUCGCUUCAUCUUUCCCGCCCUGGAGGAAGCACAAAUCUUAUCCGAGCAACAGGCGCCUUGGAAAUAUCUCCAACGCAAAAAAAAAAACAUGACAACAUAUAGUGUAAACAAAAAAUUAAAAAAAACAAAAAACAUUUAUUAUGAAUGCCUCUCAUAGGCUACACAAAUGCACAGUGCCAUCUGUCCAUUCAAUAAUGGCUCAAAUUGGAGGAAAUGGGUUCUGAAAUUACAUUUUCUGCGCUCCUCAUUCUAAGUGCGUGGCCACAGACUCACAUUAAUUUCCGGAGGGACUAAGUCAAGCGUCACCCAAAGACAGCUUCACCGCCAGGCCAUUCGCCGCCUGAAAUGAGCCUAAUGGAACGGAUUUGAUGAGAAAAUGUUAUCGUCACGCUACUGACGGCAGGCUUGUCAAGCACCUUAAUGGGAUGCAGACGUAACAGGGGCGUUUGGCUUACUGUUCUUGACAAGCAGGAAAAUAUUAUUAUGUGUUAGCUAAAGCACCAAAAAUGACUGCAAUACAGGAGGGUGGGGGUGCAUGCAGUGUUUCUGUCGGUGUUUUUACGACAUGAUGGCUGCUGAGUACUACUGGGACAAGCCUGAGCAGCACUGAUGCAUAUAUGAGCAACCAUUUUGCUCAUGUUUCUGUGAAUGAAAACAGGAUUUUAGGCUCAGAAGGGGCCCGCCCAAGCCAGGACACAACAACGUCACGUUGCUGCCAUCUACUGUGCAACCUUGGUACUACAGAAUAUUACAGUCAAACUUUGCUCUGGCCAAUAAAUAUCCAUCACAAAACAAAAAACUAAACAAAAAACACAGAGGGAGUAUAUCAAACUCUGAACUCUCCCCACAGAAAACUGUUCCGGCAUUUAAAUUGUUUUAAGAUGGGGGGAAAAGUACAGAUCCAGCAUUCUGCAUGACCAAGUAGCCGAACAGGUUAGGUUAAAAAUAAAAAAAUAAAAAAUAAAAGGAUAAUGCCAGGAUAUGCUCAAAUAAUACUUUUCGGACUGUGUCAAUCAAAGCUGAAGAAGGAUAUGUCUGUAGAGUCGUAUAGCAUGUACUUUUGAAAUGCACUUUUAACAACACAUUUCAUUCUCGAAAAAUGCUUCUUUUUUUGUAACUGCAAAUACUACUACUUCUUUGAGAUUAUAUUUUAACAUUGAAACGCCACAUUAAUUGCAAUAACUACAAUUUCAUAAUAAAGCUGUGCGGAAACCGUGAGACGCUCAAGUCUUGUUUGGUUUUGUUUUUCCCCGGUUGUACCUGAACGCACCAGUAAAGUCAUCAGACGCUCGCACCCGCUGCGGAUACUGCAGAGCGCCUUUGAAAACAAUGUUUCGGGACAGGGAAGCAGAUGUAUCUCGAUGACCAAUGAUGGUCCGUCGUUCCAGAGACACUCCUCGGAUCAGGACCGAUGAGUCCAGCGGUUCCGGGGGUUUUAUCCGACCGGGACCCGAAGUUACUGGGCUUUUCCUCGCCGUGUUUGUGCGUGGUGCAUUCACUGACCCACUUAGCGCUGGAGAAGGUCUACUCGAAGAAGAGGUGCUUUCCAGGGAGGCCUGUGGUUUUCCAUCUGCUCCUCUAUCCAUCUGUUUACAUCGGGCUGCAGGUUCUGAUAGGAAACAUCCGCAACGCACUGACCAAGCAGGUGAGGGUCAUUUCAGGGACGCACUUGGUCCUCCACUACAUCCUGGCUCUUUAUUUUAGUCAGGUGUUCCACAAGGGGCUGUCUAGGCUGCAGUACUAUCCCACCAGAGGAGCCCUUCCUCUUCAAAGCCUCCCUGGGUACUUCCGCUUCUUGUUUUUUGGGAUGCACGGCUUUUUGGACGAGGUGGCGUUCACCUCCGUGUUCAAUCUGGUGGAGAACCGGAGCCUGACGGGUUACACGUCCCUGUGGUCCUUCCUCAUGUACGGCAGCUGCAGCUUCGUGAUGGAGAAGCUCUACCUGCACCUGCACUUCCAAAGAGGCUGGAGGACCUGGCAGAGGCUCCCCAUCUACAUCUGCUUCAUCUACACCUGGGAGCUGUGCUGGGGUCUGGGUCUGAGGCACUUCGGCGCCUGCUCCUGGGACUACUCCCACUAUCCGCACAACUUCAUGGGACUCAUCACCCUCCUCUACUUGCCGGGGUGGGCCUGCCUGAGUCUUUACCAAGAUGUGCUGUCCAACAUCCUGCUCGGCAUCAGGUGCACCAAAGAGACUCAGCGAUCAAGCGUGGCUGGCAGAGAAGUCAAUGGACAGCCUCGAUCUCGGGAAAAAAUAUUUUAAAUGUACAAACUGGCGUAGUGGUGUUACAUUAACACUGACUGUGAUUCACACAGGCGAGACAUUUAUUAAGAAAUUAAAGAGGGAGAGUCGAUAAUUACAUGACCUCAAAGGCUAUUUAUACAGCGGUUUCACCCGUGCAUGUGCAAUGCGGACUUGUUUUUUUUUUUUUUUUACUUUUCAUAUGAAACUAGGAGAGAGAUGCUUAACUACAAAUGAAAUUCAGCCAAUAUCAGCAUAAGGCGCCUUUGAGACCUCCCCAUUUCAAACAAACAAAAAAACAAAAAGCAUUUCAUAUUCCUCGUAUUAAGUAGAUGCUGUGCUGUUAGAAAUGCAUAUUGGUCAAGCUCCCACAUUUUAGUUUAUUUUUUGUUUAAUUAACUGCAAGCAGACUACGUCCAUGCAAACAGAAAAAUAUGUGAGCUUGCUGACAGGGUGGACAAUGACAGGUUGGACAUUUUUGGCUAACGUUUGCAUGUAAUGAGCACAUGGUGCACCAUCACUUAGCAAUAUGAUUCAAUCAAAAACCCGACCGCGUACUGUUUAAAAAAUACGGUUUUGAUAUUUCACUAUGACAGAGUUGACACGCUCAACAUCCAACUGCACACAUACUGUGAUAUGAGAAAAAUCACAAAACAUAAGUGUAAAUAUUUACCCCGCAACUAUCCACUGUUUCAUUCUCUACUGAAGACAAAAUGCUGGUCGUAAUAUGUCACUGUAAACAUUCUAGAGCUUCUUAAACGGGUAGCUACGCGAUAAUGACAAGGUGGACAGCAAUUUCAGGGACACGUGCAAAACCUUCAAUAUGAUUAUGAAAAUAGAAUAUACGUGGUGGAAAUCACCCGUUUUAUCAAGACAAUAAAACCAUGCAAUAAAAUUUGGAUUUAGUAUCAUUUAACACCGUAUUACACACACUGUUAUCCCGAGCAGUGUUUGGGAAAUGCCUUAAUCAUGCAUAGCCGAUGAACAAAAAACGGUGUAAAGAAAAGGAAACAUAUUUUAAGAGGCUUAUCAUUGUAGUGGUAUGUGUGCAAAUGUUUGGUCACCUAUAAUAAGACCUUAAAGUGUCAUUAUUCAGCUGCAUUUUCAUGAUGACUGAGUGAUUCUGAUGAAGACACCAAAGGCACUUUGUAGUGAUACUGACCCUUCCACACUGUCUGGCUCUGCCAUGUUUCUACUCACAGAAAUAGCCUAUCUUACGGUCACGUAAAUAUGUAGUCACUGUGAAUGGAAUCCUCCAUUGAGUUGUUUUAAUCCAACAUUAUAGUCUGCUCUUGUGCUCAAAUUAUGUGUAUAUUAGUAAAGCGUACUUAAAAAAAAUAAAAACCGAUACCUCGCACUGUGAUGAUCAAAUCAAAUCUCUGUAAAUCCUGUUUAACUAGUUGUCGUUGCAGGUGCGCGGCAUGAAUUGGACCACAGAGUAACAUCUGUUCCCAUAAAGCUGGUUCCUCAUUACAAACGCAACAUCAAGUCCCGACAUGACAAACCUGUUUUGAAUGCCACGUUAGUAAGACCAGUUUGGAUGUGAUGACGUCAACUUGCACUGUGGCAUGGAUUGUCAAAAUAAGAAGAAGAAGAAUAAAAAUGCAAUAAAAUAUAACAUGUU